CUUCCUCCGCUGAUUAAGAGAAGCACUAAAACAAAGCGAUAUUACAAAACAAAGAAGCAAAUUUUCUUUUAUUUCGAAAAUGUUCAUUAAAGACUUUAAGGUUGAGAGCCUGAACGUGAAGUACACUGAAAAUGAGAUUCACUCUGUGUAUGAUUACGAGACGACCGAGGUUGUGCAUGAGAACGUCAAUGGUACUUUCCAAUGGAUUGUUAAGCCAAAGACUGUCAAAUACGAUUUCGUUACCGAUACUCGUGUCCCCAAAUUAGGGGUUAUGCUUGUGGGUUUGGGAGGAAACAAUGGAUCAACUCUCACCGCUGGUGUUAUUGCCAACAAAGAAGGAAUCUCGUGGGCUACGAAGGACAAAGUGCAACAAGCGAACUACUUCGGCUCACUAACUCAAGCAUCAUCCAUUCGUGUUGGAUCUUUUAACGGUGAAGAGAUCUAUGCUCCUUUCAAGAGUCUUCUUCCUAUGGUGAAUCCGGAUGAUGUUGUGUUUGGAGGAUGGGACAUAAGUGAUAUGAACUUAGCAGAUGCCAUGGCUAGAGCCAAGGUUCUUGAUAUCGACUUGCAGAAACAGCUGAGGCCUUUCAUGGAGAACAUUGUGCCACUCCCUGGGAUCUUCGAUUCUGAUUUCAUUGCUGCCAAUCAAGGCUCACGUGCUAACCACGUGAUCAAAGGUACCAAGAAGGAACAAAUCGACCACAUCAUCAAGGACAUGAGGGAGUUUAAGGAGAAGAAUAAGGUGGAUAGGGUUGUGGUUCUCUGGACGGCUAACACAGAGCGUUACAGCAAUGUGGUCGUUGGGUUAAACGACACAAUGGAGAAUCUCAUGCAGUCUGUGGAGAAGGAUGAGGCCGAGAUAUCUCCUUCAACGCUUUAUGCUAUUGCUUGUGUUCUUGAAGGCAUCCCGUUCAUCAAUGGAAGCCCUCAGAACACCUUUGUUCCAGGUCUUAUUGAUUUGGCGAUCAAAAACAAUGUUUUGAUCGGUGGAGAUGAUUUCAAGAGUGGUCAAACCAAGAUGAAAUCUGUCUUGGUUGAUUUCCUCGUUGGUGCAGGAAUUAAGCCUACUUCAAUUGUGAGCUACAAUCACUUGGGGAACAACGAUGGAAUGAACCUCUCAGCUCCACAGACAUUCCGAUCUAAGGAGAUCUCCAAAAGCAAUGUCGUGGACGAUAUGGUUGCUAGCAACGGUAUCCUCUUUGAGCCUGGGGAACACCCGGACCAUGUUGUGGUCAUCAAGUAUGUACCGUAUGUUGCUGAUAGUAAGCGAGCGAUGGACGAGUAUACAUCAGAGAUUUUCAUGGGAGGGAAGAACACAAUCGUGAUGCACAAUACCUGUGAGGACUCUCUCUUAGCUGCUCCAAUCAUCUUGGAUCUUGUUCUCCUUGCGGAGCUCAGCACCAGGAUCCAGUUCAAAUCCGAGGGAGAGGGAAAGUUUCAUUCGUUCCAUCCUGUUGCCACCAUACUCAGCUACCUCACCAAGGCACCGCUGGUUCCGUCGGGAACGCCGGUGGUUAACGCGCUGUCUAAGCAGCGGGCUAUGCUGGAGAACAUUCUUAGGGCGUGCGUUGGACUGGCCCCGGAGAAUAACAUGAUCUUGGAAUACAAGUGAAGAAGAAGAAGAAGAAGAAGAAGGGAUUAAAACAAUCCCCUUAAAUAGCCCAUAAUUUAAGUUAUUAAUUUGGGUCUUUGUAUUGUGUUUUAUUUUAUGUUUAAAAUUUAUGAAAGCAUGUGUAUCUGAUUUGAUCUCUGUAGGGUGUGAAGUAACUUGUAUUUGUAGUAAUCCGAAUGGGUUGGUAUAUUUUACAAGUGUUUCUUCUAUAGGUUGGAGACCAAAAAAUUUCAGUAUCGCUUAUAUGAUUCGGUUUGGUAUGUAUGUAACCAGCUUUUAUAUAUUGAGAUAUUUAAUCAUGGUUUCGGUCCCAA